AGAAAUUGAGCACUAGCCACGCCAUUGCCGUCAGCGUAUUAAUGGUGUAGCGUUGGUUUAGAAGGAAUCGUGGCCAUGUCAGCGAUGUGUGCGCAGCACUUUUACCAGCGGACCUAGCGGCCCCGUCAGCCAGCAAAAUCUCCAUCUCGGUACACGACGGUGCGAAAAUAACAUGACGCUGCUUCACGUGGAUCUACACGCGACCGCUUCCGCGGCUGGCGCUUCGUCCGCGCCAGGCUUCGGAAGUAACCAAUCGCGACCAACGAAGCACCAUCAGCCAAAAAAACAGACUGCGACGGAGCGCAUGAAGGUGUUUCUACAGAUCCAUCCGGAACCGAGCGAUGAGUCCGAGUUUUUGCAGAAAGGCGCUGACGAUGAGACGCUCGUCACAGAAGGCGUCGUUUACAGUUUCGACCGCAUCUUUGACUACCGCACGCUCCGCCCGAGCGACGGAGGCAGAGAGGUGAGAAUGAGAAGUAGAUCUUCUUACAGUCGUGCUAGCUCUGUUGAAAAAAACUUUUCGGACUCCAGUGAAAACAUCCCAGAGAAACGACCUCCGCAACAAAGCAUCAUCACUUUCAGGCCGUUUUAGAGGUUGCAAUUCGUAAAUCUAAAUUCAGACGUGUGCUCUUCUGUUGUACCGACCACGACACUUUGUCACACCCAAAUAACCAGGUAUCCGAGCUCGUUGCAGCUCCGCUCGUGGACAGUGUUGUGCACAAGGGGCUGAACACCUGCCUACUCACCUACGGCGGCCACGGGACUGGGAAAUCCACCGCGCUUUUUGGGUCCAUCGUUCCGGGGGUCUUUUCCCGACUGUUUGAUUCGCUCGACCACAGCCGCUUCGUCUACUCGAUCCGCUGCAGCUUCUUCGAGCUGGACCGGGAAGAGAUGCGAGAUCUGCUUGAUAUCGAUAAUGCUAAAGAUCAAGAUCUUGUACAAAAAUGUGAUCAACAGUCGCCAAGAAGCAAGAAGUCCUCACCUUCUUUUAAUCAUGCCGCUGCUUCGUGUAGUUCUUCACCCAAGAAGACCUCCCAUCAAUCCAGCAGGACUAGCAAGCCAUACAUCCGGUACCGGCCAAGCGCGGGGCUGGUCGUGGAAAACCUCGCCCGGCACGACAUCGACUCGAUCGGGGACGUGCAACGAAUUCUCGACUACGCGUUCAAAUCACGCGCGUUAUCAGGGUGGAAAAGAACCGCACACACUUACCUGACCUUCCUCGUCGAACGCUACGCGAGGAGUCAUCUCCCCAUGAGCUGCAGCGGGUCGCCGGUGAAGGGGGAGGAGGAAGUUGUUGCAGAGUUGCCUGUUCAUCCGCCUUCAAAGAUUCCGAAACCAGUGAGAAAGUCAAGACGGGAGGAAUUUCGCGAGGCUUUUGGCGUGGAAAACAGCUCGUGUAGUGUGGAAACUGUGUCGCCGAAAUCGCCCUCUGGGGCUGCAAGCAGUUUAUUAGGGGAUGGACCAGGCACGUCAUUUUUUUCGGACGCCCCCGCGACGGCGUUUGGAGGGGGAAGCUCAAGCUCAACCGCAAAUAAACACUCGGCGUCGUGUGGCAAUAGCAUGCAAGGAAGUGCUGCUGGUGGUCCAGGUCCAGGUCCAGCAACCGCAAAAAAGCAGCCACAGGCGAAGAUCAAAUCUACAAGCUUAACCACGACCUCAACUUUCUUGUCGAAAGCAGUCGUCAGUCGCUCCUCAAAUGUUUCUACCCCAACCUCUCCGCCGCCAAUUCUCCAGGUCGCCAGUCUCACUUUCGUCGACCUCGCAGGCCACGACUCGUCCACCUCGUCAAGAAGUUGUGACAACUACGACCACGAAGACAUUGCUCUCACCAAACUCUCCGAGUGCAUCCAGCAGCUGCCGCAGCACAAGCAUCGCGUCCAGCUUGCACAGAGGGAGAAACAGGUAGUGCACAGCAGAACGUCACCGCUAAAAGACUUGCUUCCCUCCUUCGGCGCGCCCCCGCCGCUGCCGGGGAAGAAGUCCAGUCGGUACAACUCUGUUUCCUCUGCGCUUUCCAGUCCGAAGAAAACGAAUAGUACGUCUGUCUCCGCGUCGCCGCAAAGUGCGAAGAUGAACAAGGACCGCGCGGCCUCUAGCUCCUUCCAUCUCGCCAGCCCGACGAGUGCGGGAACGAACAAAAACGACGAAAGCUUUCUCAGUUGCAACAGCCAGGGAAGCAGCCAGUUUUUUCCGACGAUGAACAGUAUUGCAAAUUAUAACCCUGCUUGUUCUACAUCUACUACUCAGCAAUCCCAAAGCGACCUUGACCACUUUCUCCCUGCCUACCGGGAGCACAAACUGCUGAUGCUGCUCGCGCACGCGCUUUCCGGGAACUGCAGAACGGUAGUGUUUGCCACGAUGAAAGCAAAUCUCUCCGCGGCGACCAUCGACACCCGUAUGCAAUACAAAUUUCCCGUACAUGUACAAGAUGCAUCACAAAUUUCACCAAUUUGGAGUGUACUUCUAACGCUUGCCAUGCAAAACUAGGAUCGAAGCCCAGUUUUUUCAUGCAGAGACCGCGUUUGCACGUGUGUGGGUAAUUUGCUGUGUAUGACCCUCCAUUUCACCCACCACUGCCGGCAAAACUGCAACGCCAUAUCUCCGAACAACUGCUGGGAUUCCGGGAGGGAGCAGCUUCUGGACCGGUUGUUCGGGGACAUGCGGAUUUUGCAGAAGGAACUGCAGAAGGGCGGGAGUGGUGGGAAACGGACCGCGGACCACGUCUUGAUUUCGCAGCUUCUCGCGGAGGACGUGCUGGCCUUCGCGGAGCAGAGCGUUAAAUCGCCGAGAAAAGUAGAACAACUGAGGAGUGGCAUGCUGAUGAACACGAAGACGAACUCUGCAAGUGGCACAGCUGAAGAGUCCGCGCCGCACGAUGAUUCCUCAUUGUCCCGCCUGACGACGACAAAAAGUAGAUUUGAAAUCGAAAGUGUGAAGUUGUUGGAGUCACUCGCGGCGGAAUCCGUAGCAAACCAGUUGCCGGAGAAUAUCGUGCAGGCGACGGGGAAAGUGCCGAAGUGGACAACGACAGGACUGACUCAUCCUGAAGCUGAUUGUCGUGCAACCGCUGCGGCGGCUAACCUAUCAAAUUCCUUUGAAGCGCGGAGCGUGAACGCGCACGAGGACCACGAGGGCAUCAAUCAUAAAGCAGAUCGGCCGUUUCUCCUGAAUCUCCAUCCUGAUCGGAUGCUCGACAGACUGCUGAAGUUCCCGCUCGGAGACAAACGCGUUUCAAAAGUCGGUGCCGGGAAGGACCAAGCAAAUUUGACCUUGGUCUACGAUCGAGUGUCGGGCGAAGUGGCUGGGGCAACUGUCGCGGCAGCACUGACCAAUGAGCAGUCGUCGGAAACGGAAAUUUCUGUAAACGGAGAUCUUAUCGACGCCACAGCACUGGAACUGGAACAAGUGUUCCUUCAAAAUGGCGAUAUCCUCUCGAUUGGCACGACGCUCCGCCUGGAGUUCUACUGCCCCAGGGGGAGAUGCUUCGUCGAUUGCGACUUGUUGGGUUUGGGUCUCGAGGACGAUGAAGGAGAUGAUGAGGAGGUGCAAAUCAACAUCUCUGAUCAAAUGGAUGCUCAGGACGCAGCGGCACCCGAUGAGCUGACACCAGAAGUCAUUCAUCUUGCCGCGGAACAACCACUGUCCAGUUUGGAAGUCGUCGUCGAAGCUGACGAGGAGGACGCAAGUGCGAGCGCGGAUCCAGUUAUGCAAUACAAAUUUCCCGUACGUGUACAAAAUGCAUCACAAAUUUCAGCGAAUUGGAGCAUAACGCUUGUCAUGGUAAAGGAAGCCCAGUUUUGUCAUGCAGACACUGCAUUUGUACGUGUACGGGAAUUUUACUGUGGAAACCAGUUCUUGUGCAAGAGCAGGAACAGCGCAAAAUAGAGCAGAUCGCGAUUCUUGAAGUGGAGCAGGGCGAAGAUAAAGAUGACCUUGACCCGCCUGCUCGCCCUCCAGAUGAAGAGAACAACGCCGAUGAACUGUCCCGCGUGAAAGCCGAGCUCGCGGACGUGCAGCGAAAAUACGAAAAUCUGCAGUCGCGGGUGGACCAGAUUCAGUCUGCCUCGUCGAAACCUCCGCAAAGAAGAAGCACAGGUGCAGCUACGAGUCCGGGAACAACCUCAGCUGAGAAGUUCUUCCAGAACUCCCCGUCGAAGCUCAAGCGCCCCGGAUUCGCAAGCGGCGGUACUACUAGUGGCGGGUCGAGGACCGUGACAGCAAGUACGAGUGGCGCGACGUCGUGUAGUAACACCUUUAAUAACUCGUCGUCAGUUGAUACAGGCACCGCUGCUGCGAGCAGCGUGACUGGCGAAAAGAGGAAUAGCAACCCUUUUACGCAAGGUGUGUCUGUCGACGUAGAGUCUGGCACUGCGCCAGUUGAAGAUGCACAAGAGACCACUGCUACACAAGAUCAUCCUGCACCCGACCCCCUGAUGGCGAGCAAGAUUUCCAGUAGUAGCUGCACGCCGCAGGAGGAACAACUGCCGCACCAAAGUCGCCUGUGUCUCGUCGACACAGUCAACACCAAGGAGGAAUCUACUUCCCACAACGUCCGCAGUCCUUCGGUCGUGAUGUUUGGCGGUCAGCAGCUUUGCUCGUUUGAAGAAGCUGAAGCGAGCAUGUCACAAUCUCGCUCGUUGCAGGUAGAAGUUGCUGCAAAUAUUAACGACGAGAACAACAACUAUGGAAAUAACGACAGCUACCAUCAACAAACAGCCGAGAUGAACAACGAUGCUGUGCUGCUGAACCGCACCAGCAGUGUGGCGCACACCGAGGGACGCUCUUCCCCUGGUAAUGACGAAUUUCAGAAGACGAGUUCUGUUGGAAAAGACAAUCAAAACUGGAACAGCAGCAGCAGCACGAAGAAGAGCCCGGACAGCAAUAUCGCUUCCAGCGCGGAAAAAAAGAAGCUUUCGAUUCUCGGCGAAAAUCUACCGCGCUUUUCCCUGCAAAGCGAGCGCGAGCUCUCGCCGAUCCGGACCCGGCCGCCGCAGCAGAGCUUCAUUUACCGCACGGAGGGGGCUCUGAUUCCCGUGGACAACCGCGAGACAACCGCCGGGUCUGGAUCUGGCACGGAACAGGAACAGGUGACGGGCAGUUUUGCAGAUCGGGUAGUUCCAGGUGUGAAACUAGUCGGAAUUACAGCGGACGAAUCGUCGAAAAACACGUCGUGUUUUAGCAGCAGCAAGGACACGAUGGUGCUGUCGAAAUACAACGAGCAACACAUUGGAGGUGGUACAGGUACCGGAAUAGCAGGCUCAGUGCGCCCCGAGGACGCUUUCGAUCGAAUCAGUGCCGUCGAAGUAGUGCAGCCGGGCGAGGCUGAUCCGCAGGACCGGAGCUCUCCGCGGGAACACAGCACAGCAGGAACAUCACUGCAGGAAGGCCGCACUUCUGACCGGCCUAGCGCUCGCCCAUUCUGCGAUCCUCGGUAUUCACCCGAUUGCUUGCGAGAUCCGGUAGAAGCAGCUGGAAGCAAUGGUAGUGAUAAACCACCGGCGCCCUGCACCACAGCAGUCCCUGGUGUCGUGACGAAGACGUCAGCACAACUUGCAUCUUCGUCAACUUCUACGAGCAAAGUUGUCAAAGAGCCAAUUGCGUACACGAAAGCUGCCGUUGUUGAGAUUUCUUCCUCGAAAGACUCGUCACAAGCCAGUUCCUCGCGGUCUUCCCGCAACAAUCCCUGGCUGGUCCGUUUACCGUCGCCAAGGGCCGUCGUCGUGCAGCUAGGUUGUAAUAAUACCGCGACAUCAGCGACUUCCUCGUCAUCAAUCCCACACAAAAGCGCCGCUUUGGUCACAACAAGUCUAGUUGAUACCGGUAAAAAAAGCCUCGUGCCAAACAUAAUCACUGGAAAUAAAUUUUCCUUCGCCCCAACCAAAAUCCGGGCGCAGAGUGUUGGCGCGAACAUUCGGCCGUUCGGGAAUAAUGCCAAUCUGUCCUCCCCGACGUCGGGUUUUGACCACGCUGCUCCGGUUUUCGUUUCUGCUUCGUCCCGAGACCGUGCGACAAGUGCACAGCCGUCGCCCUACAGCCCAGCAACGGAAAUCGCGCAGCUGUCUAUGUCGAUCGGGUUCGGCCGGCGAAGCAACAGCAACUCCGUGAACACAACGAGCCCGCAGGAGGCAACACUUGCGCCCCUCGUGCCGAAGCUGCUGAUUGGUAGUUCUGGCGGGGCUGGAAAAAACAAGAACAACGUGACAACAUCAAAUAGCGCUGCAAUAAAUGCGCCGGCGGGAUUACAUUUAAAGUCCUCUCGCAGUACGUCGCCGGUCUUGAUUUCCAGCACCCGAAAUAACCGGUUGACUGGUGUGGUCGAAAUGAUGAAUAAACAACAAUUGAUCCACGAAACCGCGCAGACCGGCACGACGAUAAUUGCGAAAACCAUAGAGUCGAAAUCCCGAAAUGCGUUGGCGAACAACCAGAAGGUGAAAGCCAUGCUCGAGAACACGAAACAGAAAGCGUGGAUCACCUGGGAGAGCAACCGGUCGUCGCGAAACAGUUACGAGUUGCGGUCGCCGAGACUGGAGAUUCUUUCUUCAACCAGGAGUAAUUCCGCGAUGGCGCCCACGACACGAGUUAAUGUCUCCAGUAAAAAGCGCGCAACCUCCCCAUUGGAAACCUCAACUGGGCUACGGAUGGGUGGUGGUCCUUCGCAACUACUUGAUGUUCGGGGAGGAAUAGGAGCUGCGGGAACAGCAGCAGCAGCAGCAGCUACACGUCGACAACAAAUCAUGACAAGUGGAGCUGCUGGGGUGGGAAAUUUGAAAAAAUUGGUGGACGAGCAGCCCGCCUCCAGUUUGAACAAAACCACAGCAGCUGUCAGCAUAGCGAAAGCCAGCAACCACGUGCGGCGUUCUGUAUCUGGUGUGGCGACAGCGACGCUGAGCACGGGUAGAGUCACAACUGUUCGCGUCGCUGCAGGGGGUACAACAGCCGGUGCAGGAGCAGCAGCUGGCGGAGGGAAAACGAAAACUGGAAUGAAACAAUCUCCCGGGAAGAAGUUUCUGCUCGAAAGUCCGAAGCCGAAGAAGAAAUCGUCGACAACAACCGGAACGAAUAGAAUGACGGAGACACCGUCUUUCGGUUUCGGUGGUGCAGGUAAAAACGGACCAAACGACAGCCCGGCGGGGAUGAAGAACAGAAACGCGACGACUUCUCGUAGUUCUCCGGUUUCCAACAAAAAGAACGCCAGCGGGGGCGCCCACCGAAGUCCCAACCGCGUUAGUCUCGGCGAUAAGCAGAUUGGGAUAUCGAAACCGCAGUCGCCUGGUGAUGUUAUGGCGACCGGUAGUAACAACACAGGUUCCGGUUCGACGGCUGCAAAAGCGUUUUCGUCAGCGUCGCGUGCCAUGAAGCAGCCACCAGAGAAAAUCAUCGUCAAGUCUUCCGUUCGGCGAGUGCAAAACCAGAGCGAGCCGCAACCCAGACUGUACAAGGCUAAAAGUCCGAUGGAUUCGGACGAUUUCCCUGCGAAGACGCUGUUCCGGAAAACAGGGCAGGUAUCGGUACUCAACACGACCAAUAAAACCGAUGACACUUGUUCGAAAGGUGGAGGGGCGACACAACAACAAGCUACCUCCGGCUUUGCAUUGACUGGUUUGCGGAACACAAUUGCAUCCUCUUCGCGAGGACGAGCGGUCCAGAAUACGAAGCAAAUUUCCGUCCCAGCCUGGCAGCCACUAAGCCCCCGCGUUUUGAUUUCCCCGCAGAGCGCCCCGCGCGCCAUGUCCGCGGGGGCGCAGCGGGAUCGGUCUCUGUCAAAUGGAUCCUCGACGCAUCAGGGAGCUGGACAAAUAAAGCAAUAUCCCGUGUUCUCCCUGCAAAAUCAUUUCAAACCGAUUGCGGUGCCGGUUGUUCAGGCGAUAGGAUCAUCUACCGGUACAACAACUAAGGGCGCUGCACCAAUCAUCACUACCCGGAACCACACAUCCGUAUCUUCUGUGGUCAAUGUGAAAGCAAGUGCGGUCUCUACGAACGUUGAGCCUCCUCAGACGAUGGUCAAGCAAGGUCCUGCGCCGGGCGUGCUUGCGAAAACUAGCCGAGCACUAGCGCCAGUGACCGUGGCAUCCGCUGCCGUACCACAAGAGCCAAAAAUAGUUUUCGAAGUGCAUAACGUUCGGACGGAACAAGGAGGAGGUACUGAUUUUUCGCGUUGUUUUUUCAGAAUGAACGAUGUCAGAUGUCACGUCCACAUCUUCUACCACACUUCAUUUUGCAUGUUGCUCACAUCACCCACGGGUUGUUUUUCUGAUCCUAGACUGCCAAGGCCAAUCAGAAUAGGAUUCAUCAGGUGCAUAUUCUGAUAAAUCGAAAUUAUACGUUGUGUACGUCGUCACUGUUACAUCUUCUAGGUGUCGUCCACCCUGUUUCCGGCCGGCUGUCGGAUAGUCAGCGCAAGAGCGUGAUCCACCAGCAGGUCGAUCCACCAAUAGUACAACAACCAAGCAGUGGUCACCAGCAGAAGCUGGCGCCGUCAACAUUCCAGCUCCCUGCGUUUGCAAGUCUGGCUGCUGGUUCGAACAACUUCAAAGCUUCCAGCGCUCUUGUGACCCCAAGAUCACUCGCGCCGGUUAAAAAUCAUCACCAACCUCAGCCUUUCCUGCCGCCAAGCCGCACGGAGAGUGUGAACAGCCACACGGUAAAUGUCAGAAAAAUUUCCGUAGAGUCGGUCGGGAACGGUAGCAAUUACGCCAACGCGGCUGUGAGUUCUUCUUACCCAGUAACAUCGCAUAACUCAACAUCGACUGCUGUCGCUGCCCACGCCGAACCCAUCGACGCUGCAAGAACGUCUUCCGGCACGACUACAACCCUUGUCGCCCCCACACCAGCAUCUCAUUCGACGAAACAAAUUCGUCUUUUUCGAGUGGACCAUUCACAUCUCCGAAGCGCAGAUAACACGAAAGACAAUCUUAAGCUUUCCGGGGUCGCGUACCGGAAAGCGCCGAGCGACGGCUUGGCAGACCAGACAAGCAAGAUCGCCAACUGGAACACGAUCGUGCGGGGCACGGUGGAAGGAAACUUUUUAAAAGUGUCAGACAUGAAGGAAACCCUGUUUCUGCCGCUAACGCUUGCUGGCGUGCAGGUGCUGACACCAGUCGGAAAUUUGACCUCGCAACAAAGCACCAGCCACUAGAUGUUGAAUAGUAAAUGGCCUAUGUUUUUUUGAGUUUUUUUUCGCUUGAUGUUGCAAAUGCCUCUUUUAAAUGCCGGACCCCGACGAGCCCUACGUAUACCCCGUAGAUGACGACCUAAUCGAAAUUCUUAGCUUGCCUGUAGAGCGGAAAAUACCCCCUUACUUAAAAGUAAAACGAGUUUAAUAAUACGCAUACUUCCACCCUUUAUCUCAGUCGUAUACUCCACCCAGCCUUCUACCCCGACUGUGCUUCAAAUCGCGAAUUUGAAGAAGCGACCAAAAAAUUUAUGAAGUAAAAUGUAAAUGCUAAAAAAGAAUCCAUUUUCCUGCUAUGAAGCAGCAUGCAUGUUGUCCAUGUCACGUUGUCCUCCGACCCGCGCGCAUGGGAGGUUUGUAGAAAGAUUAAGGUCUCACAUUUUUGUACAUCAUAGAGAUUUAGUAAUGCCGAGAAAAACAAUGAAAAUGAAAAUGAAUCAAUACUGAUUUAUCUCGUGGUAAAUGCCUGUUGAGACGCGUAACACAGUGGUAGUGUACACAAAAAAAAAAGUGCAAGAGCAAGAAAGACGCGCGAACGUCGACAGUGA